AUUAAAAAUUAAUGGUUCGAGUUGGAAAAAUUAAAUUCAAUUAGAAAGGUCAGCUAUAAAAUUCUUUUACCCAAAUGAAUAAAUAAAGAAAUCAUAUAAUGUUAAUGAGCCAAGAGUGAAAAGAAAGGAGAUGAAAUUAACGGAAAGAAAAGAAAGGAGAGAAAAUUGUGUGCGAUGCAAGUGAAGGCACGCGUUUAAAAAUUGAUGCAAUACCAGUUCACUUGUAAACACGUUCAAGUGUUCACGUGAAAUACGCCGCACUGAAAGCGAAAUUGAACUGACUGGAAGAAGUGAAUUUGGGACUGAAAAUGGAUCCAAGCGUUUUGACUUGUCUGAUUGGCGUACUGUUUGUGGUGGUGCUGAUUGAUGCACAAAGACGAGGUGAAUGUUGUCAAGAUUAUUGCUAUAACAGUGAUGAUGAACGUCAACAAUCAGCUCAUUUUGCAUCGAAAACAUCCUAUCUGGUCGUUAAGGGACCGGAGACAGGCAAACAAUAUGUCGUUCCAAAUUGUAAUCCAGUCAAAAUUUGGAUUUAUUCUCGCCACGGCACUCGUUUGCCAGAAUCUGAUACAAUUUCGCGUCUGAGUCAACUAGGAGAUUUGAGAGACGAAAUAAUCGAUAAUUAUGAAAAACGACAUUCAAAACCAACCAUUGGUCAAAUGUGCGAAGCUGAUCUGAACCUUCUAAAGGAAUGGCAAUGGAAUCGUAAUAUUACUGCCAAUUACUCUGAGUACUUAACAGUGCAAGGUUGGGAUGAAUUGAAAUUUCUUGCAAUACGAUUUCAACGGUUUUUCCCAAAUAUUUUGGAGAAUAUUUAUGACAGAGAAAAGUUUUUAUUCCGAUACACCAAUUCACAACGUACAGAAGCCAGCUAUAAAGCCUUCGUCGAAGGUCUCUUUGGUCCAAAUGCAUACCAGCACGUUGAAGUACCUCCACUACCAAUCAAUGACACAUUACUUCGGCCGUAUGACUAUUGUCUACCCUAUGAAAAUAAACGAUCCAAAGGCGAUGGAAGUGAAUAUAAGAAAUUUUUGAAAUCACAAACCAUAACACAGAUGUUGAGUGAUGUGUCUGCUCGUCUGGGCUAUAAGUAUCCAUUGAAGCUACAACAAGUAACGGAUAUGUUUGAAAUGUGCCGAUAUGAUCAAGCAUGGAAUAUAGACCGCCCAAGCCCAUGGUGCUCAGCAUUCACUCCGACUCAAAUCAAUGACUUGGAAUAUAUGGAGGAUCUGCAAAAGUAUUAUAAAAGUGGUUUUGGGAGCAAAUUAAAUUCUCGUAUUCAAUGUACUGCCGUAAAUGAUAUGCUUCAUCAUCUUGACACCAACAAUCUUCCAAAAACUAUCGCAUAUUUCACACACUCCAAAAGCAUGCUUUUACUGUUAACUGCACUUCAAGCUGCCAAAGACUCUGAUUCGCUUCGUGCCGACAACUACUAUAGCAUGUCACAGAGAAAGUGGCGCACAAGUAAGAUUACACCAUUCGCAUCAAAUUUGGCGGUGGUCAAGUAUGAUUGUCCAAACGAGUUGGAACGCGAUAAAGUCAUAUUCUUCCUAAAUGAAAUACCAAUUUUCUUUGAUUGGUGCAAAGUCGGUCUAUGCAACUGGAAAGAUGUUAAACAACGCUACAAAGAGUUUACAGAAGUCAAUUGUGAUAAGUACUUCUGUGAUGAUUCUGGUGCAUCAAGCAUAUUUUCGACAAUUGUUUCCGUCUUAGUGCCGUUGACUUCUAUUAUAUUCCUCAAAUUGAUGACAUAAUCAAAAUAUACCUAAUGUUGAGUUUUAUUGCUCAAAUAUAUUCGUAGAUAAGAUAUUUAUAACAUCAGUCGGCACACAAUCACAGCCCAAUCAAAAUUUAAAUUAUCAGGCCCGUCCAAUAAAGCUUUAACAACAUUUUUUUUGUUAAUUUCUAAGUAUUCUCAUUAUGUAUUUUUUAAAUGAUUAGAUUUUUAUGAAGUAGUGAGUAUUUUUUGGUGUAUUUAGUUAUAAAAUAAACAUUUCAACCAGCUUUUAUUGUA